AUGAAAGAUGUACUUGAUUGGAUUUAAAAAGUUGUCGAAGAAAAAGAUGAUGUAAAAGAAACAUUUGCUUCAUAAAGAGUACCUAAAUAUAGAAAAUAUUCAAGGAAAAUUGUCGGAAAUACUUUUGAAAAAGAAAUCAAGAAUAAUUUGAAAAAUUAAGCGUUAUUUUUUUAUGCGAAUAAUUGUUCAGCUUGUGCUUCUUACGGACCUUUGUAUGAAGAAUUGGGAUUAUAUUGCCCUUAUUAUGCUAAUUCGCCUGUUUUUGCAUUCUUUAAGGGAUAAUGUAAGGAUAUUCCAUAUAUUUAUAGAUCUAAUGUAGCUUACAAAGGAUUUAUAAAUGACUUUAUUGAAAUCUCGGCUAAAUUCUAAAUUGUUGAUGAAAAUUUAGUUAGUGAUAAAAUAUUAGUACCUCCAGCUAAAAUGGAAGGAUUAAUAGGUUAUUACUCAUUUGAUGAUAAAAAUAAUUUAGAUAUAUCUGGCAAUUCUAAUCAUCCAAAUGAAGGUUCUGAUAUAUAAAAAGGAUAACCUUGGGGAGGUUAAGGGAAUAGUUUAUUUUUUAAUGGAAAAAAUUACUUAUCUAUAAAUAUACCUUAAGAAUAAUUAAAAUCUUCUUCAUAUACAAUUUAAUUUUACUAUUUUCCUGUUGAAGAAAAACAAUUAAAAGGAAAAAAAGAAUGCCCUAUAAUAUAAAAAGGAUUUGAUAAUCUUAUUGAAGGAAAAUUCGAAAGACAACCAGGUAUAUAUUUUAAUAAAGAAAAAAGGAGUAUAAAAAUUUUCAUAUCCACACUCGAUACAAAUGAAUUUUUGGAAGGGAAUAUUUUGGAAUCAAACGCAAGAUUAUCUUAUAAUAAAUGGGCUCAUAUUAGUUUAUCAAAAAGCAGUUAGAAAAUAAAACUUUAUAUAAAUGGUAUUCUCGAUUAAGUAGCUGUUCUGUAAAGCUUUGAUGUAGAAAACGACUCACCAUUUUAUAUAGGAAAUACUCCAUGGUUUUCAGAUGAUUGUAUUCUAAAUGCAUUUGUAGACGAAUUGAAAAUAUAUAAUUAUGAAAUUAAAAGUUAUUAAGUAUAGGCUGAAGCUUCUAUGUUUUUGGGAGGAAUAGAGCCUUCUUUUUUGCAUUUAGGGUGUAUUAAUUGUGAAUUGGAAACUGCUAAGUAAUCAUGUAUUUAAGGUUAUCAUUUAUGUACUUCUUUAGAAAUUUAUUCUGGUGCUUAUAAUGUGGCAAGAAUUAUGGGAUGGAUUGAACAUAAUAAUAAUAUUUGGAGUUAUAAUUAGUUAUUUUAAAUUGAUAAUUAAGAAGAUUCGGGUUCUGCAAACUCUGGAAUUGGUAUUUGUUGUGUUGAUCUUUAGGAUAUUAUGUAGUCUUGA